AAAGAAAGCCUGUUAUUUGUUCCGAAGGGUGGAUUAAAGAAAUGCACAGGGGAAAAUACCAUCGAGUCCCACUUAAUCGUUUGUUGUGCGACGAAAACUGGUGAAUAAAGGAUUUAAGUUCUCUGUGACUAACUAAAUAAGGAAACAUUUUAUUGAAUGAACAAUAGCUCGUUGAAGGCGGUACACGUAUCGUGCAAGACGCCGCUUGCAUCGUAUUUGGAGUAGGUCGAUAAAAGCCGUAAACGCCACCUAUAGUCUUUUCAAAUUGCAGCUCUGAAUGGAUUUACAACUUUCAACAUAAUAAAUUCAAAUUUUGGAUGAGAAUGGAUUAGCUUAGAAUUCGAAGCUUCUGGAGCCGAUGAAACAUGUAACUUUCAAACAAUGGCAGAUGGACAUAGUAAAACGCCUCAUCGGGUGUCCAAAUUACCAGCUGCUCUUCAAAUUUCAGGAACUGGUUUUCUAAUAAUAUUUGGCAUCGUUGCCAUUGUAUUGUCAUGCAAAUGGUCAUAUUUUGCUGCUCCAAUUAUCGUUUGUAUAUUGAUACUUGGUCCAACAGGGAUCAUUGGAAUAUGUUUUUCCAGAAGAGGAAUUGCUCUUUUGCAUACCAGGCAUACGUUCUACAGGGUAUUAUCUUGUAUAUCUAGUCUUAUUUCGUUGGCAUUAGCUGCUCUCUAUUGCUCUAUAGCUGCUUCCGAAGAUGCUUCAAUGUGCACACCGGGUGUGAUGAGUUCGUCAUUUUCUUGUGAACAGUUGGAAACGAGACGGGCCAUUGACGGGGUGAUUGCCGCGGUUGCAUUCCUCGAGUUCAUCGUCUGCUUCCAAAUAGCUUUAGAAGUACAAUGGAGUACGUGCUUCGGUCGAAAGGCGACGGAAACAAAGAAUUUGUCUCUGCAGAAUCUUGAUGGAGGUCAUUUUUCAUCGUCCGAAACUGCGUCAAAGAAAAAAACAGAAGGUGCCGAUAAUACAGGCUAUGAAGGCGGGGAUGAUGAGAAUGCAAUCACAGGCUAUCAAAUUAUGGAUAGUGGUGCCAUGCGAAAGUUUAGUAGUAGGCCUAACGUAAAGUCCACAGUUGGGCCUACACAAGACUUAGACAUGUUAGAAGAGCUUCAUGAGCCAUCCUCUGUCCCAAGGAGUGUUUCACAAGGUUUGGACGAAUUAGGAGCAGGAGCAAGCGGAGGAGAUGUGGUGUCUGACUCUAGACUCUUCCCUCCACAUAGUCGUCUUGAGAAACCAGCCGUUCGGGAUUCAUUUUUCGAUGAUAUGGAAGAAGACCCAGAUAAUUACGAUCCAGACAUGUCUAGUCAAAUGAUCCAUCCAUCUCGAGGAGGUACAAUCAUGCUACCUGCCCAUGGUAUUAGUCUAUUCAUCCCAGUCUGGGCUUUACGAAAGGAAUGCAGAAUCACGAUGAAGGUAGGCUGGGCGAUUAUGUUCCAUGAUAUUUGCUCCGGCGACAAUUAA